AUGACAGACUAUUUUGUUGAUGUUUAUCCACAUCGAACAAUAUUGGACCAAGAUAAGAAGCCCUAUUAUGGUAUUCCGAAGGUUCGCUGCCAGUUUGUGCCGCUGAAGUACCGCAACCUGAGAGGGCACUGGCAGUACCGUCUGCGCCCAAAGCCUGCGAUCUGCGAGAAACCCAAUUGUGUGAAACCGAAAUGGCAAACACUGCAGCACAAUGGACCAUUGUUUCCCGCCGACUAUGAGCGGUUGCCGGCCGACGUGCAGUUCUACUACGACAACUGCCCCAUCGAGCUGACCGAACAGGCCGAAGAGGUGGCCACGUUCUAUGCGAAGCUUAUGAAGACCGCGUUCGUUCAGCUCAAGGACUUCAAUCAGAAUUUCUUCAACGAGUUCCGCAGCUGCCUGAGCGAAGAGCAGCGCCGCUAUAUCACAUGCUUCGGGCUGUGCAAUUUUAAGGAUAUAAGUCGUUAUUUGGAGAGCCGACCAGAAUACGAAAAGCUGCGCUUAGCUAAGGAGAGGAAACAUAGCUAUUGCUAUGUUGACGGAGAGCGCCGUCGAAUCAGCCAGAUUCGCAUCAGCCGGCCGGGACUGCGCUGUCCCCGACAUGGCAUCAGCAAGACUAUGGGCUUGAUAAGGCCCCGAGUGCUGCCCGAAGAUGUUGUGAUAAAUUGCGGGGAGGACGAGGCGCCACCAGAGCCGCCAUGCGGGCAUCUUUGGAGCCAGGUGGUGCACGAUCGGAGUGUUAGAUGGGUAUACUCCUGGUAUGAUAUCGGCACGGGCAGCACACAAUACGCCUAUCCGUGCAAUGAUAGCUGCCGGCGAUCUCGUCCACCUCGUCGCGAACACUUGGACACGGCGCGUCGUCUCCAGCAGCAUCUGCGUCAAAUACGCCGCGAAUACCAAAACCUUCAGUACUCGGAUAGCUGGCUGGUGCGACAGCGCAGCGUGGCCCUCUACUGCAUCGACACGCUGGCCAUGAGCUGCGACGCCGAGGAGCUGCCGUCCGAAAUUACCGUGUGUGGCCUGUGCGUGCAGAAUAUCAAGCUCUAUCCGCGGCUGGGCGUGCAGCGCAAUGUGCUGCAGUUGCUGGCCGGCAGCAGAGAGAGCAAGCAGCGUGAGUACAGACGGAUAAGCAUCCAGCCCGAGGUCUUCUACAAUCUGAACGUCUUCAUUUGUGGCAAGCAGCCAGAUGAGUUGGUCUUCGAGGAGCUAACCAGCCAAAAGGUGAACGAACACCUCGACUAUCUGAUGGAUGGUCUUACUUCGAAUAUAUUUCGCAUAUGCAAUGCCUCGCGGAUGCUGGAGGAACGCUUGAUUCGGAUUCCGCUGAAAGCCACACUACACCACGAGCUGAUGGCCUACAACAGAGCCCUCAAAGACAUUCAUUUAUUCUGCGGCGUUCGCCAUCGCAGAGUCGAUCCCUUGCCAGCCUUGAAGCGGCCCUGUCGUCUACCUUGGCACAGGGCAGCGGAGCAGCGCUCACUCAGAUCCAUUCGUCUGCAGACAAAGCCACUCGUUGAGGCAACCAUCUACUACCUAGAUCCACGGAUAACCAUCGCCUGGUGCAUGAGGCGCAACAUUCCACUCAACUCCAUCUACACAAGCUAUGCGAUACGCAAAAAACUCCUCUGGGCCACGCAAAGCACCUCAAGGUAUUAUUCUUUUUAA